AUGCCGCAACUCUUCCCCUCUAACCCGUCGGCGACGAUGGUGAUCCGUGACGUCACACCUAAUAUCAUUACUAUGAGCUUGCCAUUCGCGCGGUUCGGUAUCUUCUGCUUCGGGGGCCGAGGGACACUAGUCAAGCUCUCCACGGGCUCUCUCGCUGUCUUCUCCCCCGUUGGUCUCACGCCAGAGGUCCGCGCAAAGGUCGACUCUCUGGGCGGGAACGUGAAGUACAUCGCCGCCCCCGAUCUCGAACACCACCUAAACAUCAGCGCGUGGAAGGAGGCAUUCCCGCAGGCAUCCAUUCUCGCGCCACAGGGCCUCUACGAGAAGCGUCAAGCGAGCAAGCAGUACCACGAUUCGCCAUUCGAGCACGUCUUCAAGAAGAAUGAGCCGCAGUCGAUAUCGGAGGAGUUUGACGCUGAGUUUGCCAUCGAAUACGUGUAUGGACAUGGAUCGCGCGAACUAGUCUUCCUCCAUCGCCCGUCGCGUACGGUCAUCGAGGCCGAUUUGCUGUUCAAUUUGCCCGCCCAUGAGCAGUACUCCCGGACCGAGGAUCGUAAUCCGCUCAGCUUCUGGACUAAGUUGGUGCUUCCCAUGCUGUCCACAAGUGGUUCUGCGACGGGACAGCGACGAUUUGCGUGGUAUAUUCUCUCUGCAAAGGACCGUCCGGCGUUUACUGAGUCGGUGAAGCGUAUUGCUGCGUGGGACUUUGAUCGGCUGAUUCCGUGCCAUGGCGAUGUCAUUGAGACGGAAGCCAAGGGGGUGUUCCAGAAUGUGAUGGCGUGGUUCCUGGACGAUGGGAAGAAGAAGUCCUGA